AUGGCUUUGCACGGGACAUCAGAAAUACACGUUGCCGAGCAUCCCAGCGACCUGUGUGUCGCUUUGCUGGAGGGUCUGCCCAACUGGCUCGAGGCAGCUCCCAUGCUGGUUUUGGGGAGAGACCCUGCCGGGAUCGGUGUGCCGGAAUUGAAGCGCGAUCUAGGGCGCGCUUUCGGCAUCGCUCCCGUAUUUCUGCAGCUGCGGGAGACUCGACGCGAUAUCGGCGAAGGGGCGAAUUGCCCGCUCUUUUGGCAUGUGCGCUUCGUGCGGCCAGCGCUGCUUCCCUUCCAAUGGGUCCUUACCGUCAACGUCUAUCUCACGCGCGGGGACGAGAUCGAGGCCUUGGCAGUGCUUAUGCAUGACGAGGUGCCGGACUUGGCAGACGACAUCUGGGACCACACGUUCUCGACUAUCCGACGUCAGCACUUUAAACUUAUCAUCAUGCUGAUCCUGCGAGGCCGCCUCGCCGUUGAUCAUCGGCUAUCGGCGGAAGAUGCUUCCUUCUGGCGCGCUCCGCUCCUCUCACUAACUGCGGCAGGGCCUCGAUGCCAUUUCGAAGCGCUUUUGGCACUGCGGGCAGAUGUAAACAAACCCGACAGUCGUGGUCAUACCCCGCUGGUUUAUGCGGUCUUGGCAAACUCACACGCUCGCACUACGCUGCUCCUGCGGGCAGGUGCCAUGGUCGCGCCGGACACGGGAUACUGCCCGCUCCUGUUGUCCGUGGCCAAGAGGCAGCGUCAAAUGGUGCAUAUCCUGCUACAUGCGAGGGCGUGCCCCUAUCGGCGCUCUUCAGCAGGCAGCCUUCGCGGACUUUCUCCGCACGGUCUGGCGUACCAAUGGGAUGACUCAGAGACCAUGCGGGCUUUUCGAAUCCACGGGCACCAUGCCGCCGGCCCGCACCCGGCGAUCCUGCCCGUGUCUUUUUCCUUGAGCGGAAACGAAGUUGCCUUGAGUGAAGUCGGAGCCGAACAUGCCUCCGUGCUACAGCUGUGCCAUCGCAUGCCAACGGUGGGGUUAUCUGCCGAAGAACACAGUGAUCGGGUUGCCAUCACUUACAACUCAUCCGUGUGCCCGCGGGCCCACGCAUCGGCCUUGCAGUGUGCCCUCAGUGGGGGCGACCAUGACUUGGCAGCCAACAUCCUCGAGCGUCGUCCUGACCUGAUCCAGAAGUCGGAUUAUCGAGCGUGGGGUUUUAACAACCUUCCUCUUUUGUGGGCGGUCGAGCACGGGGAAGCUGGUGCUGUUUGUACGCUGCUACAGGCACGGGCAUCUCCGAACGUGACGCGCGGGUCUGCUGCCCCGCUUCUUAUUGCGGCUCGACAGGGAGAUCUUUCGUUGGCCGCCAUGCUCCUCCUAGCACGAGCAGAUGUGAAUCUUGUCAGUGCCGACGGCCGCUCCGCGCUGAGCAUAGGGGCAUCCUUCCGCAAUCUUCCUCUGGUCUCGCUUCUCUUGGAGUUCCGUGCUCAUGUCAGCCCACGCCCCGAGGUUCUCUCGCCGGUAUUUCAGAAAUCGUUUCUGGGUGGCGGCAGAAGCUUCGAUCAUUGUGCCGCGGCGGUUCUGCUGCUACGUGCUGCUGGUGCCCUUCCGCACUCCGUUGUCCAUGCCGUACUCUCGGAACUCGUUCCGCAGCUCAUGGCUGAUGGCAACUGGAAAGCGAUCUUCGCGAUUCAGUGCUGGGCGCAGUCGCAGUUAGGUCUCCAACCGAAGGUUGGCUCCGACCGUUGCUUUGCCCUGGCUUCGGGGUCCUAG